GUUCAGGUGGGUGGUAACCACAGCCAGAGUGGUCACCUGAAGAUGUCUGACAAUGCAGAGUCCCCAACAGAAACGCCAAAAGAGGAGUCACAACCGCCGCCAGAUGAUACGUCGACAAAUGAUGAGAAGAAAAAAAUUGAUGUGCUGCUGAAGGCAGUGGGGGACACUCCUAUAAUGAAAACAAAGAAGUGGGCAGUGGAGCGAGGUCGGACGAUACUGUCCCUGUCUCAGUUCAUCUCUCGCUUCCUCAAGAUUGAAGGCAGUGAACAACUGUUCAUUUAUGUUAACCAGUCAUUCGCCCCUUCACCGGAUCAAGAAGUAGGCAUCCUGUUUGAUUGUUUUGGCAGUGAUAACAAGCUGGUUCUACAUUACUGUAAAUCUCAAGCCUGGGGUUGAACUGUUUCUUCUGCUCUAUUUUGGACCUGACUCUUUCUUUAAUCCAUCCACCAAACACACAACAUUUUUUUCCAUUCAGUUUGUUCUGUAAAUACAUAUUGUAAAUAAAUUAUUGUGACUAUG